GACCAAAACGGAAACAAAAGCCCCUACCCCCCACGCGUUGCCAUCUCCAACGAGUAAAGAUGGCCUCCCAAACCAGACCCAUCUCUAUCUCUAUCUCAAUUCUCCUUCUUUUCUUCUUUUCACCAUUAAUCAAAUCAUCCAGAGAAGGAGACCCAACUCCAGCACCAUGGCCUCACCAAUUCCACGCAAUUCUAUUCAUGAAUUACAGUGGAAUAAUUCAAAAGAUAGAUCUCUGGUACGAUUGGACUAAUGGUAGAAACUUCAACAUCAUACAACACCAACUAGGCAAGCUUAUGUAUGACCUUGAAUGGAACAAUGGUACUUCUUUCUUUUACACCUUAGAUUCCAACAAGGAGUGUUCCACCGCGCAUUUGGAGGUUGGAAUUCUUCGCCCUAAUUGGCUUGAUGGAGCUAAUUAUCUGGGUCAACGACACGUGGAUGGCUUUCUUUGCAACGUUUGGGAGAAAGUGGAUUUCAUCUGGUACUAUGAAGAUGUUAUCACCAAAAAGCCUGUUCAUUGGGUCUUUUACACUGGGAGGGAGGCUCAUGUCAUGACUUUUGAAGUGGGAGCUGCACUUGAAGAUGCAAAAUGGCAAGCUCCUGUGUACUGCUUCGGCAAUAUCCCAGAAGCUGGAUAUGCUAUCUCUGCUACUUCACGAGAGAAUUUGUUGGGUGGAGUUCUGAGAGGUUCCUUGGCACUUUGAGUAUAAAUGAUUUAUGUGUUUUUCUGUUAAGAUAGUGUGAUGAUGUUCAUCUUACUCAUAAUCAAUCAGUUCUUUAUGCAAUCACAUCAAUUGAUGGGGAGGCUUUCAAUAAUUUCUGCAUUUAAGUUUGUUUAGGCCAAAGCGUAAUUGCCAUGAAAGUAAUACAUGGGUUGCUUGGUGAUUAA